AUGUGUGACGACGACGAGACCACCGCCCUGGUGUGCGACAACGGCUCCGGCUUGGUGAAGGCUGGCUUCGCUGGGGACGAUGCUCCCAGGGCCGGUGUGAUGGUCGGCAUGGGUCAGAAGGACUCCUACGUAGGCGACGAGGCCCAGAGCAAAAGGGGCAUCCUGACCCUGAAGUACCCCAUCGAGCACGGCAUCAUCACCAACUGGGACGACAUGGAGAAGAUCUGGCACCACACCUUCUACAACGAGCUGCGCGUGGCCCCCGAGGAGCACCCCACCCUGCUGACGGAGGCCCCGCUCAACCCCAAAGCCAACCGGGAGAAGAUGACGCAGAUCAUGUUCGAGACCUUCAAUGUACCCGCCAUGUACGUGGCCAUCCAGGCCGUGCUGUCCCUCUACGCCUCCGGCCGCACCACAGGUAUCGUGCUGGACUCUGGUGACGGGGUGACCCACAACGUGCCCAUCUACGAGGGCUACGCGCUUCCCCACGCCAUCAUGCGUCUGGACCUGGCCGGUCGGGAUCUGACCGACUACCUCAUGAAGAUCCUGACAGAGCGCGGCUACUCCUUUGUCACCACAGCCGAGCGUGAAAUCGUGCGCGACAUCAAGGAGAAGCUCUGCUACGUGGCUCUGGACUUCGAGAACGAGAUGGCCACCGCCGCCUCCUCCUCCUCCCUGGAGAAGAGCUACGAGCUGCCCGACGGCCAGGUCAUCACCAUCGGCAACGAGCGCUUCCGCUGCCCGGAGACGCUCUUCCAGCCCUCCUUCAUCGGGAUGGAGUCGGCCGGCAUCCACGAGACGGCCUACAACAGCAUCAUGAAGUGCGACAUCGACAUCCGGAAGGACUUGUACGCCAACAACGUGCUGUCCGGGGGCACCACCAUGUACCCGGGCAUCGCUGACCGCAUGCAGAAGGAGAUCACCGCUCUGGCUCCCAGCACCAUGAAGAUCAAGAUCAUCGCUCCCCCCGAGCGUAAAUAUUCCGUUUGGAUCGGCGGCUCCAUUCUGGCCUCCCUCUCCACCUUCCAGCAGAUGUGGAUCAGCAAACAGGAGUACGACGAGGCCGGCCCCAGCAUCGUCCACCGCAAGUGCUUCUAA